AUGGCGAGCAUAGAUGGGCAACCUUUUAUUCCAAGAUAUCUUAAAGGUACAUCUAUAGAAAAACUUCAAACUUCAAAUGAUCCAUUAUUUCUUCCAACGUGCUUCGAAGAAUAUUCGCCAAGAUACGUCAAGUGUAUGGAUAAUAAAUUAAUGAUUAAAUAUACAGGUCCUGGAAUUGAUGACACUCAAGCUGAAUCAAUUUCCACCGAUUACCCUGUUCCGCCUGAAGCUUUGUUAUACUAUUUUGAAGUCGAUAUUAUAGAUAAAGGGGAAAAUGGGUAUAUUGGUGUUGGUUUUGCUAAAAAUUUAGAUAUUCUUGAUAUUUUGCCAGGAUGGCGGUUUGGGACAAUGGGAUAUCAUGGUGAUGAUGGACGGAUUGCUUUUAAAGCUCCUUUAAAUGAUGAUUUAUUUCCAAUUGUAGGAAUGAGAACUCGUGGUGAAUGUGUGGAAGCGAAUUUUGGAAUGAAACCGUUCAAAUUUGACAUCGACUCUUAUGCUAGGGUAUUUUUCUCUGAGCCUCGAGUUAUUGCUCAAGGAGAAGAAAUCUUGAAACAACAACAGAUUGAUUAUAUAUUUAAUGAGUUUCCAUUCGCGCUUUGUGAUUUCGAUGAGAGCUCGUUCUCAGUUUAUGAUUGGGUGUGA